GUAAAAGAAUGUGGCACACUUGCUGGCAAGUCGCCGGUGUCGGUUGCCGCCGCAUGUAUAUACCUAGUGUCGAAUUUAUAUUCACACCCAAAGUCAACCAGAGAAAUUGCUCAGGUGACUGGUGUGUCGGAGGUUACUAUCAAAAAUUCGUAUAAGCUAUUGUAUAAUGAUAAAGGUAAACUGCUGGAAGAUAAGAAAGGUGGUAAUUGUGAAGCUUUGCCGUCCCCGUGA